UAAUUAGAAAAAAAUCCAUAAAAUGGGGAGAAUAUAGUAAAUUUACGAAGACCAGAACGAAUACUACAAAGUGAUCUCACGCCGUCGCCUCGUCCCAAAACGUAUGCCUAAUAUUUUUUGACCGGAAAAUCCCAGCAAUUCUUGACGCCUAGAAUCAGACUCCUCUGUCUAUCGGUAGGCACAAUCCCAAAUCCCUGUAGAUGUCCACGUCGGGGCAGCCCCAAUUUCGAUACACGCAAACCCCAUCGAAGGUUUUGCAUCUCCGGAAUCUCCCAUGGGAGUGCACGGAGGAGGAGCUGGUUGAGCUCUGUAAACCCUUCGGAAAGAUCGUUAACACUAAGUGCAAUGUCGGCGCCAAUCGGAAUCAGGCCUUUGUCGAAUUUGCAGACUUAAAUCAGGCAAUUCAAAUGGCUUCAUACUAUGCAUCAUCGUCUGAGCCUGCACAGGUUCGUGGUAAGACAGUGUAUAUUCAAUACUCAAAUAGACAUGAAAUUGUCAACAACAAAAGUCCAGGUGAUGUUCCUGGAAACGUUUUGCUGGUAACAAUUGAGGGUGUUGAAGCUGGUGACGUGAGCAUUGAUGUCAUUCACUUGGUAUUUUCUGCUUUUGGCUUUGUGCACAAAAUUGCUACUUUUGAAAAGGCUGCUGGAUUUCAGGCACUUAUUCAAUUCACUGAUGCGGAGACUGCAUCUUCUGCAAGGGUUGCCUUGGAUGGGAGAAGUAUACCUAGGUACUUGCUUCCAGAGCAUGUUGGUUCAUGCCACUUGCGCAUUUCAUAUUCUGCACAUACCGAUCUUAAUAUCAAGUUCCAAUCUCAUAGGAGCAGGGACUAUACAAAUCCGUAUCUGCCUGUGAAUCCUACUGCAAUUGAGGGACCUGUACAGUCUGCUGUAGGUCCAGAUGGAAAGAAGAAAGAACCUGAGAAUAAUGUACUUCUUGCAUCCAUAGAGAACAUGCAGUAUGCUGUAACAGUUGAUGUUCUUCAUACGGUAUUUUCUGCAUUUGGUAACGUCCAAAAGAUUGCUAUAUUUGAGAAAAAUGGUGGAACACAAGCUCUAAUUCAGUACCCUGAUGUUGCAACUGCAGCAGUAGCCAAAGAAACUUUGGAAGGACAUUGCAUUUAUGAUGGUGGCUAUUGUAAGCUUCAUCUAUCAUACUCUCGUCAUACUGAUCUCAAUGUAAAGGCCUACAGUGAUAAGAGCAGAGAUUACACCAUCCCGGACGCAAGUUUGCUUGCAGCAGGACAGGUUUCUGGCAUCCCUACUACUCCAUCUGUGUGGCAGAAUCCUCAGGCUGCUCCUAUGUACCCCAUUAACAACUAUGCCGCUGCAGCUGCUGUCCCCACGCAAGUUCCUGCUGGGCAAGUGCCUGCUUGGGAUCCAGCUGUGCAGGCAGGAGCCCCAGCUUAUGCAUCAGUUCCUGGCACAUUUCCUGGUCAAACAUAUCAAGCAGCUCCAGUACCCUCAUAUGUCACUACAGCAAUGCCCGCUGGAUCCUCUCCUCUUUCGCAAGGCAGCCCAAUUGCUCCUGGUGUGGUUUCCAUGCAAUGACUCAACCAGGGUUUCAACCAAAUGUGCGACCUGGUGGGGCUCCACCUCCAAGCUACCAUCCUUAUUAUGGCUGAUGAUUUGUAUGUUCCUCUUUGAACAGUGUUUGCCUUUCAAGCAUUUGUGUCUGGUAAAGAUUAUAAAUCUUUUAUGGUAAUUGCAAAAAGAAAAAAAAAAUCAUAUUUGCUUUUA